GAUUUGGCAGGCUGAUUUUUGUUAUUUUAAUUUUGGUUUGUGAUUUUAAUUUAUAAAGCUAGGUGGGAUUUGAUGAGAAAUAGCUGGGAUUUUUCCAAGGUGGGUAAGAAUAUAAACAGUCAUGAAUGACCAGGCACUGAAUAGUGCAGUUCCUUGUUGUACACGGAUUUGAUGUUGUGUUCUGACCGCAGGCUCUUCGCUCUCUACUCUUUACAUACACACAAAUCAAGGGAUAAAGAGAACGGGCAUAUAUAUGGACAUGGGGACUACACAGUGGAAGGUUUUGUUUUAACAGAGUUAGGGGAAUGGAAAAAGUCAUUAAAUUGAUUAUAUAUAUGCCUAGUUCAUUCAUUCAUUCAGGCCUUGAGGAUUCAGGAGUGAAUAUAUAUUUUGUCUCUUGCUGUGCCUUGUGAUCUAUGUCUCUGGGGUGAUCUUUUUCUGUGGAGAAGGAAGGAAGGAAAGGUCUUUGUAUACAGUGUAGUACAAGUGGCUUACAUACAACCACAUUAGGGGCCAGCAGCAGGAGGCUAGGUCAGUAGUAGUAGUAAUAGUACUAACUAUACUAUACUACACUGCUGCUUGGUGCAGAGCCAGACUAUACUAUGAUCAUAAAUAAUAAAUAGGCCUAGGCCUGUUCAUGUCCAUCAUAUGAUCAUGCAGCAGGCAAUCCAAAUAAUCCUUUAUCGAUCUUAGCUACAGCCCCACAAACUCCUUUCUGUUCCCCUGUGACCUAAUUUUGCAUUCACUUACUUUCUACCACUACUGACAACACACAUAUUCACGCACGCACGCAUCCUCUUAGGCUUUAGAGAUAUAGGAGGAGCUUUAAAUAGGCCCCCCCCACCUCUCCCUCCUUUAAUGAUAAUGAUAUAUACACACACUCUUCCGACACCAAGCAAGCCUGUCUAUGGUGAUGCUUUUCUUACACAUGUACACACCAGGCUGAGGGAAUCCAUUUCAGACUGUCAAUAGGAUUCAUCCGUAUUGAUCUGCCUCUCCAUACAUCCCAUCCCGUCCCGUUCUCCCACCCAUCUUAACACCCAUAUAAGAAGUCAACACAACUUCUCACCACAACCCACAUAUCAGAUUUUGCAUAGACUCAGUGGGCAUCUGGCAAAUUGGGUUGCCUCGGUCUGCAGAUAUAUAUAUAUAUAAAUAUAUAUUGCAGGACUCUCCACUUGUUUUCUUGAGUUCUUGUGAGGAUAUUGAGAAGAAUUCAAUAAUGGAGGCGCUUAACUUCGGUUACAGUCAUGAUAAGGGUGAUACACAACUGCCUCCUGGAUUCAGGUUCCAUCCCACUGAUGAAGAGCUUAUAACACAUUAUCUCAUGAGAAAGGUUUUAGACAGCAGUUUCACAGGAAGGGCCAUUGCUGAAGUGGACCUCAACAAGUGUGAGCCUUGGGACCUCCCUGAAAAAGCAAAAAUGGGCGAAAAGGAAUGGUACUUCUUCAGUCUCAGAGAUCGCAAGUAUCCUACUGGACUUCGGACCAACAGAGCUACGGAGGCAGGCUACUGGAAAGCCACAGGCAAGGACCGCGAGAUAUUCAGUGCAAGAUCUUCUGCUCUUGUUGGAAUGAAGAAGACACUUGUGUUCUACAAGGGCCGAGCUCCUAAGGGUGAGAAAAGCAACUGGGUUAUGCAUGAAUAUCGCCUUGAGGGCAAGUUCUCCUACCAUCAACUCCCCAAGACUUCCAAGGAUGAGUGGGUGGUGUGUCGUAUAUUUCAGAAGAGUGCAGGAAGCAAAAAGAGUGCUUCAUCGUUCAUCAGAAGCUCGUAUAUUGAUGUUGGGUCUCCUUCACUGCCUCCAUUAUCAGCUGUAAAUGAUGAGAGUGGAUCUCUGGAGAGUGAAGGAUCUGCAAGGGAGCCCGUGCCCUGCUUCUCCACUGCACCAUAUAACAGCAGCAGCAGCAGUGCUUUCAGGGCUACUAAUAGCUUGCAGCACCAUCAGCAGCAGAGAACAUCUGCAGAUUCUACAGACAUGUCUGAUAUUGCAAGCAUUAUCAAGGGCUCAUCUUUCAUGCAAAACCUAGUUCUCAAUGAUCCUAGGCUGACCAUGAACAAUAGCUUCAACCCCAGGAAUAACCCAUUUCCUACAUUCCUUAAUCAGAGACAAGAGAACCCAAUUCAGCCUCCUCCUCCUUUCCUGUUUUCACAUCUCCCUGCUGCUUUAUUAUCAUCUUCCAUGCCUGUGAGUUACCCUAUGGAUCAGAGUCAGCCCCAGAUGCAAAACAACCUUCCUGGAUUGGCACUGCCUCAAAGUGCUUUACUGAGGGCAUUGGCUGAUCAGUACAAUAUGGACCAAACCCUAAAACACUGCAAGAUUGAGCCCUCUUUUGGUUCACAGUUAGAUAAGUCUGGUAAGAUGGAGCAUUCUGCAGGCCAGUGGGUUGAUACUCAGCAGCCAGAUAUCAGCAUUGAAAACCAUGGAAUUCCUCAGCCUGCAGUUGCCUCACGCUUAAGCACUAGUAUCAACUCUGAUAUGGUCUGCAAUCGAUCUUACCAAGUUGACACUAACUCAGCAAAUGCUCCAGUCGAUUUGGAGAGCCUGUGGAACUAUUGAUAUAUCUUGAACAAAUUUCAAAUCAUUUCUAUGACCUGUCAAUUAUUGACAGGCAAUGUGUAUGUAUAAUAUGUUUUUGAAGGCUCCAGUAAAUAGUUGGAGUCAUGGACCAUUACAAACCAGUAAGCACAUGUGGUUCUUAAUGUACUACUACUAUAUAUUGUGUUCAACACAGUAUAUUGGUUUUAUAGGUUUAUGUUGUGCUGUUUUGCGAAACAUUUAUAAGAAUUAUAAUAUGUAUGGCUCUAUUUUUAGUUAAGACCAAUUGAGUCUUAUAUAUAGGAGGUAGCAAGUUGUUAUUUACUGAAAGUUCAUAAUCAUAAGCUGGUAAUUUUCAUUACAGCAAACUUUGAGACGA